AUGCUCUUUCCAAUUACAGUGGCUGCACUUUCUAUCUGGUUGGCGCUUGCAUAUUUCAAUUCUUGGGACCGAAAACUUGCCGAGGACUUACUUGGAUAUGUCACUUCCAGCUUUGCUGUUCGUCAAGACAUCCAUAUCAGAGUAGGCGAUCUUGGUCUACGAUUCCCAGACUUGGUUGACGCUGCCCAAGCGCAAUUGAACCACCGUUUGAAGGGGGCAAAGAUCCCUUACGUGUAUAAUUUGGUGGAUGAGAUCCCCAAGUAUGUGGUCAGACCUCGCAACAUCGACUUUGAGCCCGAGGAAGUGAUCCUCACACCAGUAGUCAUCGAGACUGAAGUUCAAGAUACAGAAACUAGAGCAGAAACGAAAACAGAAACAGAAAUAGAGACUACUGCCAUUGCUAAGUCUCCAAAGUCUUUCAAUGCCAACUCGACUCUAAGGAAGGUUCCAGAAUACUAUAUCGAGUUAGUUCUAGCAGAUAAGGUUGCAAUCUGGCUGGAUAUCCACGAAUUGAAGGUCACGUUGACGUACAGUCUUGAUUCCUGUCAUCAGAAUGACGUGCCGUUCUUCUUAACCCAGGUAAUCCACGAUCAUCUAUUAAAACCGGAUCUUAGCAUGUUCGACAAUACUCUUGACUUCAAUCUGUACAUUCCCAAGUUAAAAGUGAAUUUCAUCGCUGCAGAGGAACUUGGAGAAACACCCGAAAGUCUCAAGAGCAAUAUCAGAGCCAGCAUGGAGCUUCUUGCUGCUCAAAUAUCUCCAUACGUGGAAACAUGCGUUGAGUUUCAUGUUAUAGAUGUCACCAAAAAGAGGGCACCUUCUGCUCUCUUGUCCAACACCACGUCCACGUUGAACUUUUUCUACCUGACAUCUUUGGCUGGAAUUACCAACAAAAUCCAAGGCGUGGACUUGUACCAUAUUCACCCAGAGGAACUUGAAGCUUUUGCGGAGGAUCCAUAUGGAACAGCUCACAGCGAGCAUUUGAAAAGAGAAGCUUUAAGGGGUUACGAGAGUAAAGCAUUUGUGAAAGAUGCAGCGCUGGCAGUCAAGGCAGCCGUCGGACUUCCUGACAUGGGCAUCGACAACGUGAACUUAUUGGUUGAAAGCAUGAUGAAACAUUUCACCAUCAGUGGGCUUACUGCGCUUUUGAGAGAUUUGUUAGAGGCUGAGACUUUUGAUUCUGACAAAUUAAACAAGGUUGCUAAGCUCAUCGACACGAUAAUCGCCGAAAACAAAAACGAUUGGUCGAAACACUUAAAGUGCGUUUAUGAGUUGCACAAAUCAAGUGUAUAA